AUGGAAGGGAAGUAUUUCUUAGGAAAAUAUCUGAUGUGGGUGAUAUUAUUGUUUGGGCAGCUACAUGGAUACACAAGCUGUAUUCAGAAAGAAAGGAAUGCUUUGUUCGAGCUCAAGCAACACAUGAUCUCAAACAGUCAACUGGGAGACCUCGACUAUAAUCUCCCUACUUGGACUAAUCAAACAACGAGCGAUUGCUGCCGAUGGGAGGGUCUUAAGUGCAAUCGUACAAGCGGACGGGUGACUGAGAUUGUUCUUGACAAUUUGUUCUUGGAAGAGAGCUUUCUCCUAAAUAUUUCUUUGCUGCAUCCCUUUGAAGAGGUUCGAAGUCUGAAAUUUUCAGCGUAUGUGGUAGGCUUGUUCGAUGAUGUUGAAGAACUUAAAGAUUUGACAAACUUGGAACUGUUGGACCUGAGUAGAACAGUUUUAAUGGCUCCAUACCAGUACAAGAUUAUCUCCCUGAGGAAGCUGAAAGCUCUGGAUCUAAGUAGCAAUGGAUUUUCUGGACCAAUGGAACUACAAGGGGUUUGCGAAAUGAAGAAUAUGCAAGAUCUUGAUCUUAGUCGAAACAAACUAGUAGGUCAGUUUCCCUUAUGCUUAACUAGCUUGAGUGGACUUAGAGUUCUUGAUCUCUCAUCAAACCAAUUGACUGGGAAUGUGCCAUCUGCUCUCGUUGUUGUCGGGAUAGAUCUCUCAGAAAAUGAGCUGAGUGGUGAUAUCCCAGUAGAGCUUGGAGGUCUUUUGGAGCUACAAGGUCUCAAUCUUUCUCACAACAAGUUAUCAGGAGUGAUACCAGAAAGCUUUUCACGUCUGAAGAAUGUGGAAAGCCUUGAUCUUUCUUUCAACAGAUUACAAGGCCGGAUCCCGCCAGGACUAACAAAUCUGAGCAGCCUCUCUGUCUUCAAUGUCUCAUACAACAACGUAUCAGGAAUCAUUCCACAGGGAAAGCAGUUUAACACAUUCGAUACGCAAAGCUACUUAGGUAAUCCUCUUCUCUGUGGACAACAAAUCAACAGAAGCUGCGGCAGCAGUAACUUUCAAGAACCAGAUAGUGGAGAGGAAGAUGAUGAAUCCCCAAUCGACAUGGUAUCUUUCUACUGGAGUUUUGCUGCAGCCUAUGUGACUAUACUUCUUGGACUAUUCGCAUCUCUCUCUUUCGAUUCUCCUUGGAGCAGAUUCUGGUUUUACGUUGUUGAUGUUUUCAUCCACAAGGCGAGGAAGUUUGUUGUGGUAAGACUAUUGGUGCCAAAUCCAUAA